GGGCUGUCCCGGGGGGGGGGCGGGAGUGCGCGGGGGGGAAGGUGGGCGAGGAGCCGGCGUCCACGGGUAGCCGGGACUCCGCGCCCAGGGAGCGUCCUAACCCGCAGCUGACUUCCUGGGACAGAGUGGUUAACGCCAGCCACCCCGCAGCUGGUCCCGGCCCCCGCCCUGCCGCGCCUCUGCGCACGCGCGCAGCCCGCCUUCCCCCCCCCUCCCCGCCCGUGUCGGCGCACAUGCGCAGACUCUCCCACCGCGCCCGGCGGGCUGGGCUGCAGGAGAGCUGCCUGGGCGAUGAGGUCAUGUUUGGACGCGCAGAGUGUGUCCCCGCCCUCCGACGUUCCUCCCCCAAUGAGACCCGAGCUGGGGCUCGCGCGUCCGCGUCUCAGUCUUAACGGUUGCGGGGAGGCGCCGGCCCCGGCGGAGCGCACCCCGACCCGCGCGCACUGGCCGCGGCGCCCCGGCGCUGGUUGGCGGCUCCGCACACGCGGGCCGAGGCGGCGGGCGCGCGGCGAUGGGCGAGGCGGAGACGCCUUCCUUCGAGAUGACCUGGAGCAGCACGACCAGCAGCGGCUACUGCAGCCAAGAAGACUCGGAUUCCGAGCUGGAGCAGUACUUCACGGCGCGCACCUCGCUGGCCCGCAGGCCGCGCCGGGACCAGGAUGAGCCUGUGGAGUGGGAGACACCUGAUCUUUCUCAGGCUGAAACUGAACAGAAGAUAAAGGAGUAUAAUGGCCAGAUCAAUAGCAACCUCUUCAUGAGCCUGAACAAAGAUGGCUCCUACACGGGCUUCAUCAAGGUUCAGUUGAAGCUGGUACGUCCUGUCUCAGUACCCUCCAGCAAGAAACCACCCUCCUUGCAGGAUGCCCGGAAGGGACAGGGGCGAGGCACAGCUGUGAGACGCCGCACCUCCUUUUACCUGCCCAAGGACGCUGUCAAGCACCUCCACGUGCUGUCACGCACGCGGGCGAGUGAGGUCAUUGAGGCCCUCCUACGGAAGUUCUUGGUGGUAGAUGAUCCCCGCAAGUUUGCACUCUUUGAACGGGCUGAACGUCAUGGCCAGGUGUACUUCCGGAAGCUGUCAGAUGAUGAGCAGCCCCUCCGGCUCCGGCUCCUUGCAGGGCCUAGUGAGAAGGCCCUGAGCUUCAUCCUGAAGGAAAAUGACUCUGGGGAGGUAAAUUGGAAUGCGUUCAGCAUGCCGGAACUGCACAACUUUCUGCGUAUCCUGCAGCGAGAGGAAGAAGAACACCUCCGACAGAUCCUGCAGAAGUACUCCCGUUGCCGCCAAAAGAUCCAAGAGGCCCUGCAUGCCUGCCCCCUGGGGUGACCUCUUACAUCCCUGGCUGGCAGGAGGAGAGCAGGCAGUGCCAAGAGCGUGCUGUGUGAGUGUGACAGGGCCCGUGGGGCCUGAGGAAUGAGUGUGCGCGGAGGCCCUCCCCUGAUGGGGAGAACAAGCCCAGAGAACAGCAGAGGAGCUGACCCCCCGUGUCCACCAAUGGGUGUAGCAGGACACGGCUUUGCACCCCUCUGCCUCUUAUGUACUGGGUUACAGCAGGUUAAGGCUGCUCUGGGCAGCUGCCCCAGGCUUGCAGCAGAGGUGGAGGAGGUAGAAGUCUCCUUAAUGCAAGUCUCAGAUGUGAGAAUCUCAAAGACCCUACAAACAACAGGGUGAUGUUUACAGGGAGGAGGGCCCUCAGCUGUGGGGAAAGGUUGUGUUCUGGGUCUUGGAUAAAGUCUCAGGAAAGCUCAUCAGAGCCAAGAGUGAGUGUUCAGAAUAAGGUAGGCACUGAGGUAGAGUCUAGGUUUCUCUUUAUAGUGCCUUCUUAAGGUCAGGGAGUGUUGAUUCACAGUGCAGUAAUAGUGCCUCAGUGCCUCCGCCAAGAAGGAUGUCCCUGGGCCCGACCAGGCUCUUCAUGAGUGAGGGCAGGGGGCCAGGCCCGUUCCUCAUGUACCAUCAAAGCCAGGUCUCCCUUGUUUGUUUGUUUGUUUGAGGCAGGGUCUCACUUUGUAGUGCAGUCUGGCCUUGAACUCAGUAUGUAGCCCAGGCUGGUCUCAAACU